UAGCGGUCUAGUUGUGUCUGUGUCGCUGGCAGGGCGCAGACUGUGACACGCCGGGAGUGCGGUCCAUGCUGGACACAGGCGACACCUGACCCGGCGGCACCAGACGCGUCCCGACCACCUGCCGCCCGCCCGUGUGCUCCGGGAAGCUCAGCCAGCGCCGGCCCCCAGUCACCCAGCCUGUGCUCCGGGUAUGGAAGCGGAGAAGAUGGACGAGAAUGAAUGGAGUUACCACGGGGAGGGGAACAAAAGCCUGGUGGUGGCUCACUCACAGGACGAGAUGUUUGGCGGACUAAAAGCAAAAAAGAUAAACGUCUUCCCACUGAAUGAAAAUGUAAAAUUACUCAUAUUGGAAGAAUGGGAGGAGGCAGAAAAGAGGUUGAAGAAUGAUCUAGCCUUUAAUGCAGAAGAUACAAAGUUAUUCUAUUCUGGAAAACGCUACAGACAAAAAAAAGGGUUUCCAGAGGACAAAACUAAAAAGUCCCAGUCCUUUCAGAAGCCAGGACCCGAUAUAUACGUCAGUGUAACAGAGGCAAGGGUGAAUCGGGAAGGUGGAGUUACCGAAAGGAAGGAUGUGGUGAAAUUACCCUUGGAUUUUCUGAAACGCCUCUGCUUGAAGGUGCAGUCUGAAAGACCAGAGUCUCGAUGUGAGAAAGAGAUGGAUGUCAGCGGGUAUGCCAUGUGCCUUCCUAACCUCACCCGUCUGCAGACUUUCCCUUUUGUCGAGCACAGGCCUAUAUUCUGCAUAGAGAUUAAGCCCAAAUGUGGAUUCAUCCCAUCUUCAGCCCAUAUCACUAAGGAGAUCAAGAAGAAGGUGUGUCGGUUCUGUAUGUACCAGCAUCUUAAGGUUGCCAAAGGAAAAUGGAAGCGGAUUAGCAAAUACUGCCCUUUGGAUCUUUUCUCGGGCCAUAAGCAGAGAAUGCACUUUGCCUUGAUGAGUUUACUUCAGGAGUCGCAAAACAACUUAAAAAUCUUUAAGAAUGGAGAAUUAAUCUAUGGAUGUCGGGAUGACCAGGAGUACCUCUCAGACCUGAACGAGCUCGCUCGCCAACUGAAGCCAUUUUUCUUCCCUGCAAAUGGAUUGGUUGGCGGUCCUCAGUGCACAAAGAAUGUCCUGAAGGAACUGAUUCAUGUGCUGACGAGCACGCUGCUAAGCACCAGUGCAGACCAAGGAAGAGCUGGGAACAUGAAGCCCAUCCCUGUGUCUCAGGGAAGGAAUUACUGUGAGGCUAGUCACUUCUGCACAGAGUAUCUGAGAAGUGAUAAACACAAGAUGGAGAGCACAGGAUUGCCUAAAGGAUGCAUCUUGUACAAGACGCUUCAGGCUCAAAUGCUGGACAUGCUGGACAUUGAAGGACUACACCCUUUGUAUAAGAGGGUAGAGAAGUAUUUGGAGGAGUGCCCUGAGGAGCGAAGUACCCUGCUCUUGGAUGGACCUUAUGAUGAAACCUUCUUUGAGAGGCUAAAGGAUCUUUCACUGGAAGACGAUGGCAGUGUGGAGUAUGCAGUAACUAAGAUUCAGCAAUACCGAGUAGCCAUGACAGCCAAGGACUGUUCAGUGAUGAUUGCACUUUCCCCCACUGGUCAGGAAGAAUGCUUUGAUUCAAGACCUUUAAUAAAAACCUCAAGAUCCAGCUUCAUGUAUUCAGUUUCCAUCUUGGACUUGGAUUUAAAGCCCUAUGAGAACAUACCCUACCAGUACAGUCGGGACAGUAAGAUUGUAAACCAUUACCUAAAAAGCAUCCAGACCCGAGAGGAGCCGAGCACAUCGCUCAUCUUUCCAGAAAGUGAAGACUGCACCCUGCUCUUGCACCAAGUAUAGUUUAAGGAUAAUUAUUUUUUAUUUGUGAGCGCUGAAUGCUGCUGUGUCAUCCUGUCACUUUGUCUUGCUGAUCGGGCAUGCAGGGCAGAGCGCCACAAUUAUUAAUUUUGAAAAGUGAAUUUUUGUGAACCAUGACCAGGAAAGGGAAUAACACUCAUUGCUGCAUGGUGCAACCUGUAAAUAAAGUUUUUGCUUCUCUUGUUGGUUUGAUACAUGAAGACAACCUACAACAUAUUUGUAUUUAAAAUUUAUAAGAUUUCCAAACCUUUGUAUACGGAGAACAGACGUGCUACCGUUAACUAGACGAUUCCUGGUCCUUUGCAUUCAUUUUGCUGCUUUCAUAUAGAGUGCCUAAGGGGAGGUCCAGGCAUAUGUCUAACUGAGCCUUAUGCAAAGGUCUGUGCUGUAUCGGGGUAAGGACUUGUAUGAAUCUCAUUACAGGCUGUGGUUUUAUAUAAUGUGCAAUGCAAACAGAUAGAAUUUCCUUAAUGUUUAUAGGCCGUUGAAGCCAAUACUGUUUCCAUUCUCCGUUCCAGAGAUGGUUUGUCGUCUGCUGACGUCCUAUAGAUUGUCAUGUGAAAAAAGCAGAACUACGUCCAAAAACCUCCUAUUAUUGUUCUUGUAUUCCUAAUAAGUUUUUUUUUUUUAAAUACUUUUAGCUUCAUUAUGAAAUAAUUUAUUAGAUGUCUAUUUUACAGUUCACUGGAAAGUCCCUCUAAAGCAUUAUAAUUUACUUAAUGUUCCACUGAGGACAUGUGAUGUUGGAGGCAGCAGUGAGACGGAUAUUGGGAAUUGGUGAACUCCCUCCUUGUAUUACAGUAGUUACAGACUCUCACGUGCUGCACUUCAAUAUAAGAGACGCUUAUUUUUGGGCUGUAUUGUGCUGCCCCCAGCUAGGUGCUAAUUGUAUUUGAAGACUUGAAGUUUAGCUCAAUUAUUCAAAUAUUAAAGGGUUCGCCUGGGAAUAGGUGUCCGAGUUGUGCCCUACAGCUUAACCUCUUUGAAGUGAACAGAGCCUAUAGACAUGGGAGGUGCUGCUGUGGGGGCACAAUAGCUUCUUUCUUAUCCUGGACAAACCCUUUAAUGCCUGAGGACUGCUCAUAUAACACUGUAUUAUACAUGGAUCUCUGCCAUUUUUUUUUUUAUCACUGCUGUGUCUACACGUUAGCUUUUAGGUGUACGCCUGUAUCACGCCUUCACAGCUAGUCUGUAUUUUCUAUUGAAGAACCACUAACUUCUACAAAUGUGAAACAUAGUACUAAUAAUGUUCACGGUGCCAGGCAGUCUGUAUAAGCCUACAGUGACCUGUGACACUUUUUUUUAUUUUUUUGCCGCUUUUCAGGAUUCACAGUAAGGUUAACAUGAUAAAGAUUUUGACCCAAAAUGUACAAUUAGUCAUAUAUUGGUAAAUAAGUCACAAGGGGAUCUGUUGGCAGUUUUGACCAUGCUAAACUGCUGACAGCAAUAAGUAGGGGCUGGCGAGAGCAGUUAAUACGUACCAUGUAGAGCAGUGUAGAGCAACUUUUUUUUUGCACCAUGGACCAGUUUCAUGCAAGACUAUUUUCCCAGGGACCGGGUGGGGGGUUCUGGGACAGGCAGGGCUUAGGGGUGCUGGUUGGUGCUGACUGAUGUGCGAUUAUUUUGUGCUGGGCACCUGUGAAAAAAGAGGCAGAGAGACUGAGCCAAAACUGCAGAAUGGCUGUAAUCUAAAAUGGCUGCUGCUGGCCUCAGUGAGUCUCUCUGCUGCUCUGAGUGCCUCUCACUCACAUCCCACUACCCUGCCCUGCUGCCCCUCAACAUCCAUUAAAAUGUACCAUUGCUGGAGCUUUGUCUGCUGUUAGUCCUCCUUGCUGCUUUCUUAGUUGCCACAAUGACACUUCUAAUCUGCAGCCGCCCACAGACCCAGCCAAAGCUGUGCUGGCACUGAGAAUACUGGGGACGGGCACACUGGCACUGGUGGGGAUAAAGCACUGCAGCUUCGGCUUCUGUGCCCAGGGAGGCGGAGCUGCCUGAAGUGAGUGACUGAGUCACAGAGUCCUCCUCUCUUCCACCGCUGCGCAGAUGGCGGCGGGACCAACCCGGCUGUUAGAGUCUGCAGCAGGCUGCUGCAGAAUAUGUAAUUUGCUAUUACUGUGGCGCAAUCGCGAUGUCAGCAAUGGGCUCUUUUGCCGUGCCCCGACAAACAAAUCUUCCAGGGCCCACUCCUGGGCAGCUGCCCGGCAGUUGGGGACUGCUGAUGUAGAGCUUUUAUCAUGAGUAGUGUGAAUAUGAAAUUUUAUUCUGCUCAUGCAUGUACACUGGAGAUGAAGCUUUAGGCCUCAUGAAACAUUUGUAAGUCCAUUUGAUGUCUGUGGAAAAUCCGUCCAUGUUUCAUCUGUGUUUGGUCUGUGUGUCUAUUUUAUGCCCCCUGUGGGUCAUCUGUAUUCCAAGGAGACACUAAUCAGCUGAAAAUUAAUUUCCAGAGCAUCAUUUGCUAAUGAUCUGUGAAAAACUACUGGCAGAACACUGAUGUCAUACGAGUUGUGCAAGUGUUUUUUCACGCCUAUAGACUUUGAUGGGAGUGUUUGGCCGCCUCACGGACCAAAGAAGUGCAUGUCUCCAUAAUUCAUUCACUGACCCACAUUCAGUGGAAGAGCAUGUAUGAACAAACGCAUUAAAAUCAAUGUGUACGUGUGCUGUGGAGAACCUGAACAUCACAGGUCUGCGAUUCCCUGAAGUGUGAAUGAGGCUUUGCUUUGACGUGCUCCCUGCAUUGAGCUGCUUCACAGCCCCUCCCCUCUGAGUGACAGCUGUAGUGGUCUUCUGGUUGGCUGCUACAGCUGUCACUCAGCAGAAGGGACGGGCUGUGAAGCAGCUUAAUGCAGAGAGCAUUUCACAGGAAAGCUCUGCCUCCAGGGCACUUGAUGGAGCAGAACCUGGCAGAAUAAAUGUUCAUAUUCACACUACUCAAGAUGAUAAAAGCCUGGUUUGUACUGCUCUACCCAGCCAUACCUAGCAUGGUUAAAACUUCUGCCAUAUUCCCUUAAAGAAAUAAAAAUAAAAAGCCCGGUUUUGAUAAUUAUAUUUCAAUAUAGUUUUGUUGUGCAGUCGUAUUGGUUGUUACCCUUGAGUUUGCUUCUUAGAGACUAGUUUCUCGACUUAGAAUAAAGCGAUAAUCUAAAGAAAGAUGGCUAAAAAGCCAAUAGCUGUAAAUCAAUAGUGAUGAAAAAAAAAAAAAAACUGAACAAUUCUGGUUUGCCAAUAAAUAGCCAUUUUUAGGCUAGAUUUUCAUGCAGUGACCACAGGGUGGUAGUGUGCGUCGUGGUGCUGCAAAAUGACAUUGGUUUGCUGUGGGCAUACUACUGCCACGUGGCCACUGCAUGAGAACCCAGCCUUCUUUCUUAUUGGUGUAUGUCUGGCCACCUUACCCUACUGCCACAACUAUUUCGUGCUGCUAUUUUAGCAUUUGUGUAUGGCUAAAAGAUACUGCUUUCAUCCUUCCACCUCUAGUUUGAACGGGGUCAUCUCUUUGCCCCAAAACAUCAUCAAAUUCUCUUUUUUAGCCAGAACUUCUUGAAUUCGAGCUACAAUUUGAGAAACAGCAGUGAUGUGAGUAGACAGCAGUGUAUCCUGUUCUGCACCUUCUGUAUAUGUGAAUUGCUUCUGCUGGCAAUGAGUGAUAUGGCGAGUGAUUGUGUAUAAGGGAAUUAAAUAGAUUUUAUUCAUAGGCCUCUUUCACACGAGCGUGACGGAUUGGCUCCGGAUGCGUCCAGUGAAACUUGCACCAUUUUGCAAGCAAGUUCAUCACCUUUGACUGAUUGCGUUCAGCUCAGUUUUUUCCGCGUGGGUGCAAUCUGUUUUGAUGCUUUUUUUCACGAGUGUGAAAAAAACAAGGUUUACAAACAACAUCUCCUAGCUACCGUCAGUGAAAAACGCAGUGCUCUCGGACUGUAUCCGUAUGCAAUGCGUUUUUCAUUGAAACCCCAUUCACUUCUAUGGGGCCAGGGCUGUGUGAAAAAUUGAGAAUAUAGAACAUGCUACCAUUUUCAUGCAACGCAGAACAGACCUGUAAUGAAUAGGUCAGGAUUCGGUGCAGGUGCUAUGUGUUCACUUCACGCAUCGCACGGAAAACUCGCUCGUGUGAAAGGGGCCGUUGGGUUCUACACAUUGAAGAUACUUUUUUUUUUAUUGUAAUUGGUGCUGAUGAUGGCUUUUUAGGUUCACACGGCAUGAUCUGUCCACUGCUUGCUGCUACAAUAUUCUCUGCGUAAUUAAGACAUAAUUAUUUUUAAUAUCUCAAGCCUGUAAAUUCAGUUCAGCCCGCUGUAUAGUCACUGCAUUGUAUCCUGGCGUGUCUCUAAGCUCUUUCAUAUAAGGGAGGCACGCAAACAUUGUCUGGGAUGGGAAAGGCAUCCAUCUUUGUUUUCUAGCAGUGGUAAGCAGGUUCUGUCAUAGAGUAAUGAGAGCCUAUAGCUAUUCCCUGUGACAAUGAAGGUAAAAACGGUGCCUAGUGAUGCUAUUAUUUAUUUUCAUUUUAUUUCUGCAAGUUGUAUUAUUCCAAUUGUAUUUGUGGGCAUAUAGUAAUUAUUAGGGAUGAACGAAUUUCAUAUUUUGAAAUCCGUAUUCGGUGCAUGUUGUGGUAAUUACUGAAUUGCGUUAUGGAUUCCGU